GACCCCUGCAUGUUUGGUUAGCAGGAGAGAGGGACUACACACUUACAAUACAAUACAAGGACUUUAAAAGCAGCAGCAGCCAUGGUGGACGCAGCAGCAGCCGAGCAGUUCCUGGAUGCCAACCCGCAGUUCGCUAAGCAGUACUACGACAUCAACUUCCGGCCUAAGGUCAUCUCAGACCUGCUGGACAACAACCGGAAGACAAAGAUCGACAUCGGCAAGUUCCACGACCUGACCACGGUGGAGGAGAGCGAGGUCCUCUUUGACCUGAUUCGGGACAUCCAGGACAACCUGCAGAUGGAGAAGUCGAUCUUCAAACUCAUGAGACACCUCAGCUUCAUAAUGAGGGCCGACCGCAUGAGCCUCUUCAUGUACCGGCAGAGGAAUGGAGUGGCCGAGCUGGCAACCAGGUUAUUUAAUGUCAGUAAAGAUUCCUUGUUUGAUGAGUGCCUGGUGCCGCCUGACAGUGAGAUUGUCUACCCGUUGGAUAUGGGCGUCGUGGGCCAUGUGGCGUCCACCAAGAAGAUGGUCAACAUUGCUGAUGUGUCUGAGAGUGCUCAUUACAGCGACUUUGUGGACGAGCUGACUGCGUAUAAGACAAAGAGCGUCCUCGCCAUCCCCAUCAUGAACGGUAAAGACAUGGUGGCCGUCAUGAUGGCCGUCAACAAGUCAGAUGGGCCGCGCUUCACUGCGAAGGAUGAAGAGACUCUAAACAAGUAUCUCAACUUUGCCAACCUGAUCCUGAGAGUUUUCCACCUGAGCUACCUGCACAACUGUGAGACCAGGAGGGGACAGGUGCUGCUGUGGUCGGCCAGCAAGGUGUUUGAAGAGCUGACGGACAUAGAGCGGCAGUUCCACAAGGCCUUGUACACAGUCAGAGCUUUCCUCAACUGCGACCGUUACUCCGUGGGUCUGCUGGACAUGACCAAGACCAAGGAGUUCUUUGACUUGUGGCCAGUUCAGAUGGGAGAAGUUCCACCAUAUGAUGGACCCAAAACUCCUGAUGGCAGGGAAAUUAUCUUCUACAAACUGAUUGAUUACAUCCUGCAUGGCAAAGAGGACAUCAAAGUCAUACCGAAUCCUCCAGCAGAUCACUGGGUCCUGGUUAGCGGUUUACCUACCUACGUAGCAGAGACUGGACUGAUUUGUAACAUAAUGAAUGCAGCUGAAGAUGAUUUUUUCAAUUUCCAGAAAGGGCCUAUGGACGACUCCGGCUGGACCAUUAAGAACGUCCUGUCUAUGCCAAUCGUCAACAAGAAGGAGGAGAUAGUGGGCGUGGCCACGUUCUAUAACAGGAAAGAUGGGAAACCCUUUGAUGAACAGGACGAAACGCUGAUGGAGUCUCUGACUCAGUUCCUGGGCUGGUCGGUGCUGAACACCGACACCUACGACAAGAUGAACAAGCUGGAGAACAGGAAGGACAUCUUCCAGGACAUGGUGAUGUACCAUGUCAAGUGUCGCAAGGAUGAAAUCCAGCACAUUCUGGACACCAGGAAGAGAUGGGGGAAGGAACCGGAUGAGUGUGAGGAGGAGGAGCUCCAAGAGAUUCUGUCAGAGGUCCUGCCAGACUCAAAGAAAGUUGAGCUCUUUGAGUUUCACUUCUAUGACUUUCAUCACAGCGAACUGGACCUUGUGAAAUGUGGCAUCAAGAUGUACUACGAACUUAAAGUGGUGGACAAGUUUCACAUUCCCAGAGAGGCCCUGGUGAAGUUCAUAUACUCUCUCAGUAAAGGCUACAGGAGGAUCACCUACCACAACUGGAGACACGGAUUCAACGUGGGACAGACCAUGUUCACCCUGCUGAUGACAGGUGAUCUAAAGCGUUACUACACAGACCUGGAGUGCAUGGCCAUGGUGACCGCCGGUCUCUGCCACGAUAUUGACCACAGAGGAACCAACAACCUCUACCAGAUGAAGUCUGGUAAUCCUCUGGCGAAGCUUCAUGGCUCCUCCAUCUUGGAAAGACACCAUCUGGAGUUUGGCAAGACUCUGCUGAGAGAUGAAUCGUUGAACAUUUAUCAGAAUCUAAACCGCCGUCAGCACGACACCGUCAUCCACCUCAUGGACAUCGCCAUUAUCGCCACUGACCUGGCUCUCUACUUCAAGAAGAGGACGAUGUUCCAGAAGAUCGUGGACCAGUCCAAGACCUAUGAGAACUGGAACGACUGGACCAAGUACAUGAUGCUGGAGACCACGCGCAAAGAGAUCGUCAUGGCCAUGAUGAUGACUGCUUGUGACCUGUCGGCCAUCGCUAAACCGUGGGAAAUCCAGAGCAAGGUGGCGCUGUCUGUCGCUGCAGAGUUCUGGGAGCAGGGAGACCUGGAGAGGACAGUCCUGGAGCAAGUUCCCAUUCCUAUGAUGGACCGAACCAAAUCAGAUGAUCUGCCGAAGAUGCAGUGUGGAUUCAUCGACUUUGUUUGUGCUUUCGUGUACAAGGAGUUCAGUCGUUUCCACGUGGAGAUCACCCCAAUGCUGGAGCGCCUGUUGAACAACAGGAAGGAGUGGAACGCCCUGAAGGAGGUGCACGAGGCCAAGCUGGCCGCCAUUGAGGAGGCCAAGAAAGCCAAGGAGGAGGCCGCUGGGGCCAAACAAGCAGCGAGUGCGGCCCAGUCUCAGUCAAAGACGUGUGCUGUCAGCUAGAGAUGCUACAACACCAUGGUACUUGCUACAUGGUUGUGGUGGUCCAGUUUCCCGAUGUCAUUAUUGAGAUCUGACCAGAAAGAUCCAGUUUACUCCCCAAAAAAGCGCACCUCCCACUGUAAAAUACCUGUCUAGCCGUCUCCUUUUUUCUGUUCUGCUUUCUUUCUUCACUGCUCCUUCCUGUCCAUCCUUUGCUACUGUAUUACUCAUUAGAUGCACUUGGCAUCAUGGGGUGUUUAGGCACUUGUGGGAAGCUCAAACAUCUGAGAGUCAGCUGCCAAAAAAGCAUUAAAUGUAGCAAGCUACGCAUAUUAUCUAAUUAAU